CUUAGCCGAACGCGGUCCUUCCUUUCUGAGCCUUUGAUCCAGCUCCGCCAUGCUCCCCAUGGAGCGGUCAAACUGAGCCCAGUACGACGUGUUCUGUCCAAUGUUUACCCUGCUGAACGAGAGUCUCUUCUUCCCGGCCCUCGGAGAGAAUUGCCUCCUGCGCAAGCCCCGCCAGGUGCCGAACUCCGACGAGAGCGCGGGCUCCGCGAGCUUCCAGCGGUGCGCGGAGUUCCUGGGGUGCAAGCAGGAUGCCACCAUGAUUCAGCGCAUGGCUGUGGCGCACUGCACGCAGGUGCCCUAUGCCAUGGCCUCGGAGGCGUCGAGUGUGGUUUUGCCCUACAUCAACAGCGCCGUGGGCGGAAAUGUGCAGACCUUUGCGCAGAUGCAGGCGGUGACCUCCAUGGUGCAGUUCCUCGGCGGCCUCGUCUUCGGGCAGACCGCCGACAGCUUCGGCACCCGCUGGGCGCUGCUCACGGCCCACGGGGCAGCCAUGGGCAGCGCCUUCCUGGUCGCCACGGCCUACUCCCAGAAGGCACUUUUUCUGGCGCUGAUGCCGCUGACCAUGGCCCAUGGCUUCCAGGCCUCCUCGCAAAUCGCAGUGCACUGCUCAGACACUGAGCGGCGCCCAGUGGCCUUGGGCCGGAUGUCGGCGACCUACGGCCUGGGCUUCUUCGGGGGCACCUUGGCCACCGCCUGGGCCGCCCAGCGCCUCACGCCGCGGCAGAUCGCCUGGGCCGCCGUGGCCUUGGAGGCCAGUGUCAUCGGCACAGUGCUGGUAGGAUAUCCAAACGGCGACAGCCAGAAGGGCGAGGUCACCCUGUCACUGCCCGGCUUUAAGGAGAUCCUGCAGCGUCCUCACGUGCUGUCGCUGGUGCUGUCCAAGUUGGCAACAGCUACCGCAGGCGGCAUGCUGCUGACCAUGAUCCCCCAGUUUGCCAUGGACCCCUUCGGCCUUUCCGCGGCGCAGACCAGCCUUCUCAUGGCCUACGUCAGCGGCCUGCAGCUGGUUGCGCAGACCUUCCUGGUGCCUCAGCUGGGCGACUUGGGCCCCCGCAGCCUGCGGAUGGUCUCCAACGCCGCCGUGCUGGGCCCGCUGCUGGGGCUCAGCGUGCUGGGAACCUCGCCCAAGGCCUACUGCGCGCUGGUGGGCCCGCUGGUCGCCGUGGCCUAUGCAGGGUCGACCGCCCAGGGCAGCCUCAUGUCCUGCCUAUCGCCAGAGAGUGAGUCAGGGGCCAUGGUGGCGCUGAGCACCGCGCCGCUGAGCUUGGGCUUCUUGGUGUCGCCUUUGAUGGCGGGCUGGGUCUACCAGCGGUUCGGCUUCCGCAUGGUGCCGGCGAUGGCUGCCGCCAUGCUGUUCUGCAUGGCUGCGUCCAUUGAGAUCAUGGAGGGCGAGGAGAAGGAUGCAGAAGAGGAGGAGUUUGGCAGCCUUGAGGAGGUUUGCCCAGAAGAUGCUGAGCUGGUGGCUUGAGCAUUGCCGUAGUCGCGCGCGGCGCGCGGGGUUUGCCCUUGACCCCCCGAAGCGCCUUUUGUGGUCGAGAAGCGCUUUUCUCCCCUGCCUCCCCCA